CCCAGUGUGAAGAGGCGAAGUGUUUCUUCCACCUAAUGGAUCUUUUCUGGAAAUGCUGCAAUAUGUAGCUACUGACUUCCUACUUGAAGCAUUCAGGACGUCUCCUCUUUUCUUUCCCAGACAAUGAAGACAACUCGCAAAUGCAGGACUCUUCUGUCGGUAGGCUUGAACUUCUUCGCCUUGUUCUUCUCCAUCACGGCUUUCAUCACCACCUACUGGUGUGUGGGUACGCAGAGGGUGCCCAAGCCCAAGUGCAGCAAGCUGCGGACCCACCAGUGCAUCGAUUACGGCGUCAACGAGACCGACCCCAACAAGGUGGUCUACAGCUGGGAGACCGGGGACGACCGAUUCCUGUUCCGACAGUUCCACACCGGCAUCUGGGUCUCUUGUGAGGAGAACAUCCACGAUGAAAGUGAGAGAUGCAGAAGCUUCAUUGACUUGGCUCCUGCGUCAGAGAAAGGGAUGCUGUGGCUGUCGCUGGUGUCUGAGAUGCUGUACAUCGUUCUACUGGUGGUUGGCUUCAGCCUCAUGUGUUUGGAGCUCGUCCACUCAAGCAACGUCAUCGACGGGCUCAAGCUCAACGCCUUCGCCGCGGUCUUCACCGUGCUCUCAGGUCUCCUGGGCAUGGUGGCUCAUGUGAUGUACACACAGGUCUUCCAGGUCACUGUCAGUCUGGGGCCCCCUGACUGGAGGCCCUAUAACUGGGACUAUGGUUGGUCCUUCUGCAUGGCCUGGGCGUCCUUCACCUGCUGCAUGGGCGCGUCGGUCACCACGCUCAACUCCUACACCAAGACCGUCAUCGAGUUCCGGCACAAACGCAAGACCUUCGAGCAGAGCAUCCGCGAGGAGCACGCACGGGAGGCCUUUGAAUAUUUCCGAGAACCCUCUGUGCACUCCAUCUCCAAGUCUGUGGAGGUUUAUUCCAGCCAGACCCUUAAGAGCGGCAGGAUGACACCCAUCCCGGCGGACUCCUUAGACCUGAGUGACAUUCGGGCCUCCCUGGGGGAGGAACAAUGCUGAGAGAGACCGGGUAGUCGUCUACUUCCUGGGUGAAGAUGUUAACUCCAUGAUACAUUUUGCCUUAAUCGAAUCUGGGAGUUGUUGGCAGUUGUGGUUUUAAACGUAGGGCGCAUUCUCUUGGGGCGCCACAAGGAUGUGGGGGGGGACACACACAGAUUCAUUGUUUUACUCGGGUUGCCAACCAUCCCUUAAAAAACGUAAUUGUCCCAUCUAGGGUUGUACGGUAUACCGGUAUUGGUAGAGUACCGCGAUACCUAUGAAUCAUAUUCAUUAGAACCGUUCCCCCACCUACCCGUUGUCGUCACGUCGUGACAUUGCUGGUUUGCGAGCAGAGGAGCAUGUUCGGCGGCGCACAAUCACCGAGUACUUACAAGCAGACACAGUGUCGAGACAGAAAAGGGAGAACGGAAGCAUUUUGGCUUAAAAACUAACGAUAAAGGUGAAGUUAUAACACUGAAACGCCCUCAGGAUGAGGUGCUUUAAGACAUGGCUAGCUAGCUAGCGGCUAAAGUCCAGUCGCAGCCGGGAGUGUUUUAGCUACUUCCAAACCACUAAUCCUCGCCUCCAUGGCGACAAAUAAAGUAAGUUUCUUACAAGUAUCAUCCCUGCAGGACGAGGAAUAGCUAAACAUGCUUCACUACACACCGUAGCUCACCGGCGUCACAACAAACGCCAUUAGUGGAUCUACACCAAACAUCCACUAUAAUGAUACCAAGUACAGUAGCGUAUCUAGUCGAUACUACUAUGAUUACAUCAAUAUUUUUUUAGCAUCACAUCUUCUUUCGUUUUUUUUAAAUGUAUAGUAUGUUUAUAAACUCAGGAAAUAUGUCCCUGGACACAUGAGGACUUUCAAUAUGACCAAUGUAUGAUCCUGUAAUGACUUGGUAUCGGAUUGAUACCCAAAUUUGUAUCAUCCAAAACUAAUGUAAAAGCAUCCAAACAGCAGAAGAAUAAGUGAUUAUUACAUUUUAACAGAAGUGUAGAUAGAACAUGUUAAAAGAGAAAGUAAGCAGAUAUUAACAGUAAAUGAACAAGUAGAUUAAUAAUUUAUUUUUCACCGCUUGUCCUUAAUAAUGUUGACAAAAUAAUAAAAUGAAAAAUGACA